GACAGCAGAACACACACACACGAGCCCGGUAUAAAUGGGUCGGCAACGCCAACAGUCCGAAGAUAUAAGAGUCCGAAGAGAAGUUGAAGCAAGCAAACAACCUUCUAUUGUUCCAAGGUCAAUUGCGCCUCUCUGCAUUUGCAACUUCCAGCGCGCCAUUCUGCUCCUAUCUGAUCACAGCAGCCAUUUCUCCGAAUAGUUGCUUAUUAGAAGUCAUGGCGUUUUAUUGCUGAUAAGAGGCCGAGGAGUUUCCCUCAACAUGGCGAGCGAGGAGGUGCAAGAGGAGGUAAAGGGCGUCAUCGAGGAGGAUCAUGUCACGUGCGAGAACGGGGCUCCCGAAGAGAAGACCAUCACCGACGUGCAGGACAAGGGCGUCGUGGAGGGCGAUGACGAGGUCAAGCAGGUGACCACCGAAGUCAGCGCUGAUGUCACCAAAGAGGUCGACAGCUCGCUGCCGGAGCCCGAUUCCUGGGAGGACGUGGAGGCGUUGGAGGAGCGGUUGAAGACCUUGAGCACUGCCGACCAGAUUGCUACGGAGAAUGAGAGGAAGGAGGCGAAGUUGCAGGGGGGGGGUGGUGCCUCUGGCAGCGGCGGAGGGCGGUUGUCCCCCCAGAGAAUUGUGGUCGAUGGGAGGCAGGGCGCGGUGCCGGGAGAGCAAGUGGACCAAGUGCUGAAGAUGGGGCUGACAAACCCUAGGGACCCUGGGGAUCGCCUUGCCAUUCUGCGGAUGGACGUCGAAGUUGAGCGUUUCAUGCGGACGCCCAAUGCGCAGCAGCUCGAACUGGGCCCGCUGCCGUCAAGCUACAUGCGCAUGGCCGCUCACAAAGUCGCCCAGCAUUACCUCCUCGCCACGUCGAGCCAGAUUGACACCGGCCUCGACGGGCAGCCCUUGCACAAAGUGGUCGCGGUCAAGACGCCCGAGUGUCGCUUCCCAUCGUUCCGGUUGUGUGACAUACCGAUGGCUCAGCGUAGCCCCCGUGCGCAAGGCCCCGUCAAGCUCGCUAUCAAGCCGCGCAACACCGGGCACCACUCCAACGGCGAGUCGCGCCAGCGCCAGACAGGGCCUCUCAAGUCGGUCGAGGAGCGCAGCGAAGAGUACCAAAAAGCACGCGCCCGCAUCUUCAACCAGGAGAAGGAGGCCGCCGUGCAGAACGGGGGGGUCAUGCGCGGGCCAAUGGGAUCCCCCCACAGCGGACUCGUCGGGUUUGGUCCUGACAUGGGGGGGCGAAGCAUGCCUCCUGUGCAGGGUCCAGUGGAGGGGGGGUAUGGAGAGAAUUCUGGGCGGGGGGGCGGCAGCAGGGGCAAUGGGGAGGGGGGAAAUGGGAAGAGGGGAAAGGGGCCUGCCAUUUUCAGAGACAGGGAGAAGGAGAAGCGCGACCCCGACUUUGACAGGAGCAGCAGGUUCAAUGGCCGGUACGACCCCAACUUCGGUGCCCCGAUGAUGCCUUACAUGCCGAUGUUCGUCCCCCCCCAAGCCAUGUACACUGCCGAGUUCCCUCCCCUUGGAGCCCAGUCGGGGAUGCAGGGGGGGGGCAUGGGCAUGGGUGAAAUGUCCCCCCAGGGAGGGCAGAUGCCGGUUUCGUGGAUGCCCGCAAUGGUUGGCGGCCCCGGGGGCGGCCAGCCCUUCGCCUCUCCCGGGAGCCCCAUCCAGUUCGCUCCGGGGGUCCAGCAUUUCACCCCCCCGGCGGGCCAAUUCGUCAACCCCGUCAGCCCCCAAUUUUCACCGGGGGGUCCCCAGGCCUACCUCGGAAUGGCGCCGUUCCCCCCCCAGCAGGCAACGUUCACCAGCCCCAACGGCCAACAGUUCAUGACCCCCCAGUUUGCGAACCAGUUCCCGCAGAACCAGGGGAUGCCGUUCCGGGGGGGUUUCGGCGUGCCUGCCAACGGGCAGCAGUUCAACCCGGCGGGAGGGCAGUUCCGGCCCCCCCAGGCCGGACAGGUUCAGUUUCAGGUGCAGCCGGGGCAGCCUCAGCAGGGAUCCCCCGGAAUGAAUGCGCAGUUCCAGGGGGGGCCUAGUGGGCAGUUCCAAGGGGGGGGUAACGGGCAGGGAUUUGCGCCCAACGGUGUUCCGAUGUUUGCGUCGCAGCCCAUGGGGGGCUAUGCGAUGCCCGGCGGCAUGAUGUAUGUCACACCCGACCAGUUCCAAGCACAGCCUAUGGAUCAGUACCGGCCCCAGCACCCUCCCCCGCAGCAGCUCUCCCCCCCGCCGCAACAGUCACAGCCUCCGCCACGCAGGCGCUGA